AUGCGCCUGCGGCCGCUGCCCCUCGUCGUGGUCCCCGGCUUGCUGCAGCUGCUCUUUUGUGACAGUAAGAAGGUGGUUCGUGCCACAGAGGGGCUGGAUUGGGAAGACAAAGAUGCUCCUGGGACAUUGGUUGGAAAUGUGGUGCACUCAAGGAUCAUCAAUCCUCUGCGCCUGUUUGUUAAACAGUCUCCAGUCCCAAAGCCUGGACACUUGGCCUAUGCGGACAGCAUGGAAAACUUUUGGGAUUGGCUGGCCAAUGUCACGGAGGUUCAGGAGCCAUUGGCAAGAACUAAACGGAGGCCGAUAGUAAAAACGGGAAAAUUUAAGAAGAUGUUUGGAUGGGGUGAUUUCCAUUCCAACAUUAAAACUGUCAAACUCAACCUCCUCAUCACAGGGAAAAUUGUCGACCACGGAAAUGGAACCUUCAGUGUUUAUUUCCGACAUAAUUCCACAGGCCUGGGCAAUGUUUCAGUGAGUUUGGUACCCCCCUCCAAAGUGGUGGAAUUUGAAGUUUCCCCACAGUCGACCUUGGAGACCAAGGAGUCCAAAUCUUUCAACUGUCGCAUUGAAUAUGAAAAAACAGACCGGGCGAAGAAGACUGCCCUGUGCAACUUUGACCCAUCGAAGAUCUGCUACCAGGAGCAGACUCAGAGCCAUGUGUCUUGGCUGUGCUCCAAACCCUUCAAGGUCAUUUGCAUUUACAUUGCCUUUUACAGUGUUGAUUAUAAACUUGUGCAGAAAGUCUGCCCGGACUACAAUUACCAUAGUGAGACUCCAUACUUAUCUUCUGGCUGAAUUUUUCCACAAUGACAUAAAUGAGGGAUGAAUAUAUAUUUAAUUAGAAUGACCAAGAACCAAGCCCAGCUCUUCAUGAUAAAGGAUCCCUUUUAUUUCUGUCAGUGAACCUUAGUUCCCUAUUAGAUUUUCAAAUUAAAAAAAGAAAGAAAGAAAAAGAAACAUCUUUAAAUGUUAAAAUGUGUUUGUUUUGGUCUUAAGUACCUUAAUCUAGAAAGUCAAACUGUGUAUGAAGCCGUCGCUCCCCUAUAGGAUGGCUAAGUCCUAGAAAUAUUGUGAGAAAGAACCGAAUUAUGCAUGUGAUAAAUAUUGCUCUUGAAAUGAGCCUGCCUUUGAAAUAUGUUUUGGAAGGUUACCUUAAAAAUAGCAGAUUCCAUAAAGUAACUGAAAAGAUUGGAUUUGAAAGAGGAACCACAUUUCUGAAAUCAAACUCUUGUUUUUAUUGCUGUCUUUCCCUCCACAUCUAUGCUGUUAUUGAUAUGAAAGAUGAAGGGGGUAAAAUUUUGUUUCAGACCUGAUGUGUGAAGUCACCGUGCCACAGUGGAACAGAACACAUUAUUAUCUGGAGUGAGAUGUGACAUUAACAUUUAGCUCUGUGCUGGUCACCAUCCUGAGGAUACUCGUCUGAGGAGUAAUACUGGUGGGUUGGGAAAGCUAAUCUGGUUACAUUUUAAGUCAGUCCCACAAUAACGAAGGUCAUGAUGUCAUGAUGCUUUUAGAUUCUUUUGCCAAAUUCAAGGCUGUGAGAUCGACAAAAAUACCAUUACAUCCAUAUUCAUUCUAUUCAUUUGAUAGUGCGAUUUUAUAUACACAUCUGGAAGAACUCUGAAAGUGAAAAUGGUUGUUCCCUACAGGUUAGAAUAGGGAAAAACGAUUGGAAGUGAACUGACAAAAUUCCAGGAUUGUGGAUUCAUUAUUACUAGCCUCCCAGAUUCAGGAUUUUUUUUUUUUUGCAUUUAGUUAAUUAUUUGAAUGAGGGAUUGAAUUCUAUGUGGAAAUAAAGAGUGUAUUUAAACAUUACGGAUUAUUAUUAAGUGGUAACAGUGAGGACACCUGAUUCACCAGGCUUUUGAAUUCACUUCAACAUUACUGUGUCCUCACCGUUGGUGUCCUUGCCAUCUUCUCUGAGGGGUAUGGACAGUCAUCCUGCCUCGCAAAGCUGGAUAGUCUUCGCAUUAGCCCAGAAAGGAGGGUCUGGCUGGCCAGUAAUGUUUCUAGAACUUGUAAGACUCCUGGAACAGCUACUCUUUUUACAGGAGGUGUUAACUUUACCCCCACCCCCACCCUUUAUUUGUAAAAUAUCAGUUGAAGUAAAACAUUAAACUGAAGGAAGACCAGUUUAACCAACAAAAAUGCUCUUCCCGCAUUGUUUAACAAGCCGACGGCUCUGUCCUCUGCCUCUCCGUUCCUUUCCUUUUACUGGUGAUAUCUGUACAGUGUUUGAUUUUGUCUUUUGUAAAAAUUGUACUAGGCUUAGUGUGUGGUAGUACAGGCUUGACAUUUUUGCUCUGAGUUCAUCAGGUGCUUUUGCAAUUUUGUGGUCGGUGUGAAAUAUUUUGAGGCAUCUUUUUAUUUUCAUCUAGAAACAAGAUUAAAAUACUAUUUAUUGUAAAAUACAUGGGAACCAUAUAUGUAUAUAUACUUAGAAUUUUCUGUGUACAGAGAAAGUAUGUGUACACAUUUCUAUGUAAAUAAAAAGAAUUUGCUAAAUCUGU